UUUCAACAUGACGAACGAAGUUUUCGAAAAUUUUAACUCUCAAUUAAUUAAUGAAAAGGCUGAAUCAACUGAAAUAGUGGAAAAGUUUAUCGGAACAAAUCUUAAUUAUAAACAUAAGAUUAAUUGGUCUAUUACUAGACGUCUGGUGAUAAUUCAUAUCUUGGCAUUAUGGGGUCUUUUAAAGAUUUUGAAAGGAGAAGUUUAUUCAGCGACUAUUUAUUGGAUUUUUUCUAUCGCACAUCUCAGUUACAUUGGAAGCUCUAUUGGUGUUCAUAGAUAUUACUCCCAUAGAUCGUUCAAAGCUACGCCACUUCUUGAAAUUAUAUUAAUAGUGUUUCAGACCAUUACUGGACAAGAUACGGUCUUCAGAUGGGCAACGGACCACAGGCUCCAUCAUCGGUACGCGGACACCGACGCCGAUCCUCACAAUGUGAAACGUGGAUUUUUCUUCUGCUACUUCGGAUGGUUGUGCGUUAAGAGGAACAAAUAUGUGAUGGAACUUGGGAGAAAAGUCAAUACGAGCGACCUUAUGGCGAAUAAGUUCGUGAUGUUUCAAAAAAGAUACUAUUUACCCUUAUUAUUGUUAGUCAAUGCUAGUAUAGCCUGGGUCCCGGUACGUUAUUUCGACGAGUCGUGGUGGAACUCCGUGCUGGUGGCUUCCUUCUUCCGAUACGCGUUUCAAAUACAUUUCACGGGGCUAGUGGUUGCUUUAAGCCACUCUAUUGGAACAAGACCUUAUAAUAAAAAUCUCCAGGCAAUAGAUUCGUGGCCAUUGACCAUUCUGUCUUGGGGUGACGGAGGCCAUAACUUCCAUCACGUCUUUCCGUGGGAUUACAAAAGUGCAGAAGGACACAACGCUAUUUCCCUUGUUAUUUGGACUUUUGAAAAGCUCGGAUUGGCCUCAGAUUUGAAAACGGUCCCAAAAGAAACGGUAAAAAAUAUAAUCAAAAUGGUUGGAGACGGAACACAUCCCAGCUUUGGGACUGAAGAGGGCAAGUCUCUCGUCACAGCGGUAGGUCCAGUGCACCCCUUGAAUCCCACCUACAGAAACAUUAAGGACCCUGAAAUAAUCGUACGAGUGGUUGGAUCGAAGACUAUAUUCGGCGAAGACCUCGUGAGAGAAGAGAGAAGUGUUGGCUGAAGUAUAUAUAUAUUUUUUUAUAUAAAUA